CCCAUUUUUGGGCCAGUCGGCGGCGUGGUAUCCGGGUGCUGGCUAUGGCCCCCUGGUUGGGAGCCGGGCUCCUCCGGCUCACUCCCAUCGGCGCCCUGUGGCUGAUCCUGGCCUCCGCCUUCCUCCUGGCCCUGCUGCUGCAGACUGCGCCGCCCAGCGCCUUUCCCCAAGGCCCCUUGGCUCUGUCCACCUUUUUCCAGGACCUGAUUCGCUACGGAAAAACCAAGAGCGUGGGGCAGCUGCGCCCGCCCUCCUACGAGGUCUUCGAUGUCCCCAAGAGGUGGUUUUCCCAUUUCUAUAUCAUCUCGGUGGCGUGGAACGGCUUCUUGCUUUUGUGCCUGGCCCGGGCCCUGCUCCUGGGAACACCCUUUCCGGGGUGGCUUCAUGACUUGCUUGGGAAACUCGGGGCUUCCCAAAUACAAGGUGAUGAGCUGGCCCUGUCUGCCUUCUUGGUGCUAGUGUUUAUAUGGCUGCACAGCAUCCGCAGGCUCAGCGAGUGCCUCUUCAUCAGCGUCUUCUCCGAGAGUGUGAUUCACGUGGUUCAGUACUGCUUUGGAAUCUCUUAUUAUAUUAUUAUUGGCUUAACUGUGCUGAGCCAGGUGCCAGUUGAGGGCAGAAAUGUUUACGUAGGGAAAAGUCUGUUGAUGCAGGCGCGUUGGUUCCAUAUCCUGGGAAUGAUGAUGUUCAUCUGGGCAUCCGUCCAUCAGUACAGGUGCCAUGUCAUCCUGGCUAACAUGAGGAAGAAUGAUUCAGGAAAGGUCAUUCACUCUAACUACAGAAUUCCUUUUGGAGACUGGUUUGAAUAUGUUUCUGGCCCUAAUUAUUUUGCAGAACUGAUGAUCUAUGUGGCCUUGGCUGUCACCUUUGGAUUCUACAAUUUUACCUGGUGGCUUGUGGUAUCAUAUGUUCUCUUCAGCCAGGCUCUGGCUGCUACUUUGAGCCACAAAUUCUAUCUGAGCAAGUUUGACUCCUAUCCAAAGCAUAGGAAGGCUUAUGUGCCAUUUUUGUUUUAAGAUUGCCUGAAGUUUUUAAACAAACAAAUAAAAAUGUUUUUUUCAAGUUUCUGACAAGAAGAUUUAUAUUCCCAAGAGCAAAGGUGAUGGGAAAAUAGUAUUGAAAGAGAUUUACUUUAUGCUGGGCUUAGGUGUGUAGGACAGAACUGUCUAAAAAGUAUUGCUCCUGUUUUUAUAUGAAAACCAGAAUGGAUAAAAUAACCUCAGGAGCAGAAAGAAAUAAACUUCAAGAAAUAAGGGGGAAGUACAGAGAUCACUGCUUCAUCCUAAAAGGAAACAAGCCAACUAGCAGCAGAUGAGACUAUCCUAGGCUAUUUCCAAAGUAGAUCAAUGAAGGAUUGUUAAGACUCUUUAAAGAAAAAAAGAAGAAAUAAGAUGUCCGCUGACUGUAAAUCCUUUCAGAAAAAAAGAAAAGAAAAAAAAA